UCCAAACUAGAAGACAUGAGAACACAAGCUUCAGCAGCUCUCACAAGCUCAACACCUUUGUUUCUUUUAAUCUUAAUCUUCUUUUUCCGAAGUUUCCAUGCCAGAAGCCUACAGCAAUGCUCCUCUUCCUGCGGAGAUUUGAAGAACAUCAGCUACCCUUUCCGUCUCGAGGAAGAUCCCGCUGGUUGUGGCGACUUUGAUUUUCAACUAUCUUGCCAGAAUAACGCGGCCAUCCUGAACCUUCGAGGAGGAAAGUACCAUGUCAAAGGAAUCUACUAUAUUGGAAGCACGAUUCGUAUUGUCGAUGUUAACUUAGCCAAUGGAAGCUGUGCUCUUCCAUACAGAUAUCUUCCGAUGAGUGAAGCCACCGAAGAUAGUCGAUUCCCCUCAUUAAUUACGUUCUGGCAAGCGAAUUUUUUCAACUGCUCCGACGGAAUCCCGAGCUGGCAGAUAGAAGAGUACCCUGUUUGAGUGGAAACACUUUCCACGUUUAUGUCAAUUUCAGUAACAGUAACUUUUUUGCUACUGAAAUUCCAGGGACUUGCAAGGUCAUUUCAAGGGUUCCUACAAGCUCGGAAAAUGAGUUGAAUUACGUUUAGUGUAGGAAUUGCCACACAUUUGGCUAUUCCUGCUUCUACAGGUCCAACAACGAUACAAGAAUCUUUAAGUGCGAAAUGAUAUAUGAAGAAGAGUAUGGAACCCAAUUAGCGUUUAUCAUAUCGUA